AUGCAUCAUCUGUUCCGACUGGUUUUGGGACAAAAGGAUCUUUCCCGUGCUGGGGACCUCUUCUCCUUGAAUGACUCGGAGAUUGAAGAAAGCCUGUCAGAAGCUUUGGAACAAAUUAAAAUAAUUAGCUCAUCUUCAGAUUAUCAAUCCAAUGGUGAUGACCAAGCCGUGGUUGAGAUUUGCAUCAGUCGCAUCACGACAGCCAUUAGGGAGACUGAGUCCAUUGAGAAGCAUGGCAAGGCUCUUGUGGCUCUCUGGGAGUCCUGCUUGGAGCACAAUCUCAGACCUUCAGGAAAAGAUGAGGACACACCCCAUGCAAAAAUUGCUUCUGAUAUCAUGAGUUGUAUUCUGCAGAAUUACAAUCGACUUCCUGUGAUGGCAUUAGCAGUCCCUGUGGCAGUAAAAUUCCUCCAGAGAGGUAACAAAGAACUCUGCAGAAAUAUGUCCAGUUACUUGUCCCUGGCAGCAAUCGCCAAUGCGGACCUCCUGGCUGAGCACACAGAUGCAAUAAUGAAGAGCAUCCUUCAAGGCAACUCCAUGUUGUUGCGUGUUUUGCCUUCGGUGUAUGAAAAGCAACCCCAGCCAAUUAAUAGCCAUGUGAUGGAGCUGGUGGCCCUGAUGUGUCAACUAGAGCCAACGGAACAAUACCAUCUUCUAAGGCUGUUGCAGAUGAUGGCAAGGAGGAAACAGUCCAUGGUGCUUCAGGAUUGUAUUCCUUUCUUAAUUGGCCAUUUAAAGGAUCCUACUCACAGUGACAUUACUCUAAAUAUACUCAUAGAAAUAGCCAGCUAUGAACCAGCAGCUUUGAGUAAUUUUCUCCCAACACUGAAGGAGAUUGGUACAAAUUUUCCAAGCCUGAUUGGACAAAUGGCAAGAAUCUAUGGAGCUGUUGGGCGUCCAAAUGAAGAGAGUGCGAGGACCUGCCUGACUUACCUGGUGGACCAACUAGCCAACAUGGAGCAUUCCUUUCACCAUCUUCUUCUGCUGGAGAUAAAGAAUCUCACUGAUACCUUCCCUACCAUCCUGGGUACUCAAAGUAGAGACAUCUACCGGAUGAGUAACAGUUUCACAGCCAUUGCCAAGCUUCUCAUUCGACACCUGGACAAGGACAAUACCCAAAGAAGGAGGAGGGAAAGUGAGCCUGAAAAGGAACCUUCAGAACCAUUAGAAGACCUCAAAUCUGCUGCAGUUAAUGGAAAUGAAGAGGAUGAAAAGCUUCAAGUUAAGAUUCAAGCUUUUGAAGAAAAAAUAAAUGGGGAGAACAGUCCUCCUGGUUCUGUUCGAAGACAUAGCCUCAGUCAGGUCCCAAAGGAAGAAAGAAAAGAUAUGAGAUUUAACAGGUCAAAAAGUUUAGCUUUGCAUGCCGCACACCUAAACCAUACAAAUUCAGAUGAUGAGCAAGGUGUUGAGAAUGGAGAUGUAAUGACCAGCAUCUCUUUUUCAGAAAUAGAUGUGCUUAACCAAGAAAAUUACAAUUCACCCUUUAAGACAGACACUGAAGAAUCACAGCUGGAAAUUUCUUCAAUUUCACACCCAAGUAGUAAAUGGGCAGAAUCUGAGAACUUGCCAGAAACAGUUAAAGAGAAUGGCCAUGAAGAAACACCAGAGACUACACAAAGUCAUGUGGAAUACCAAGAUAAGCUCUAUUUGCAUUUAAAGGAAAAUCUCAGCAAAGUGAAAGCAUAUGUCAUGGAAAUUGGGAAGAGCAUUCCAGUCCCAGAUCAGUGCACCAUUGAAGGUAAGCACUUGGAACUUUCCAAAUUUGCAGAAUCUUACAGGACUUUGGAAUCAAAAUACUGCCAUCAUCAUAUAUAUGCUCAUCUUGUCUAUUUUCAAGUAUUUGGAUCCAGUAUGUUUAAAGUAUUCCUUUAUCAUUUUUGUAACCUUUGCUGAGUCUUAUUCUGAGCAGCUCAUCUUCCAUUAUCCUCAAUUAAUGGCGAUAAGACCACAAUGAUUUGAUGAUUUUUUUACCCAACUUCAUAGUUAUGCUUUUAUUGUUCUCUCAAUA